AUGGUGGGUAACACGGGACUCAAGUUCAUCGCUCUCGCCGUGCUCUUCGAAUUCAUCUUCAUCAAACCCUACAUUAUCCCCAACAGCGACCGCGACGGCACCGACUUCAUCGGCUUCGGACUCGUCCACGCGGUCCUAGCAUACUUCGGCAAGAUCAACAUCAAAGACCUCGACCCCAAGCGCAUGCGAUCCGCCUUGCUCAACGGCCUCCUCGGCGGCUUGUUCAGCUACGCCUGGCUCCUCCUUCACGUCACCUACCGCCAACGGCGGACGCACCACAUCUUCGCCGCCAACUUCGUCAUCCUCCUCGGUAUCCUCUUCGGCGCGUGGGCGGAGCGGCGCAAGAAGGCUGGUGGUUUGUCCGUUAGUGGUGGGUUCUUGAUCAAUAACAACGACCCUAAGAUGAGGCUCGAACGUCGGGGUGUCAAACCUAGAGGAUGCUGUGGUGAGGAUCGGGCAUGGCGUCCUAUUGGCGGCUUCUAG